CGUUGACACAAAGUUUUCCCUGUGUCCCGGAUGUCGUACUUAUGUCCCGGAUGUGAUGCUGUUUAGUUGACUGUCAACAUGAAAGAUGGCGACCCAUCACAGGCAAAACGCUGCUGGUCGGAGGAAAGUCCAGGUUUCCUAUGUGAUAAGAGAUGAAGUAGAGAAGUGCAAUCGUAAUGGGGUGAACGCCCUACAACUGGAUCCCACUCUGAACCGCCUCUUCACCGCGGGCAGAGACUCCAUCAUCCGCAUAUGGAGCAUCAAUCAGCACAAACAGGAUCCGUAUAUAGCUUCGAUGGAGCACCACACGGACUGGGUUAAUGAUAUAGUACUCUGCUGUAAUGGAAAAACAUUGAUUUCAGCAUCAUCAGAUACUACAGUUAAAGUGUGGAAUGCACAUAAAGGCUUCUGCAUGUCCACAUUAAGAACUCAUAAGGACUAUGUCAAAGCCCUGGCUUAUGCAAAUGACAAGGAGCUGGUGGCGUCCGCCGGGCUGGACCGACAGAUCUUUCUAUGGGACGUAAACACACUCACGGCUCUGACCGCCUCCAAUAACACGGUUACCACUUCCUCUCUGAGUGGGAACAAAGACUCAAUCUACAGCCUUGCUAUGAACCAGUUGGGAACUGUCAUAGUCUCAGGAUCAACCGAAAAGGUCCUAAGGGUCUGGGAUCCUCGGACGUGCGCUAAACUCAUGAAGCUUAAAGGACACACAGACAACGUGAAGUCAUUAUUAUUAAACAGAGACGGUACUCAGUGUCUGUCCGGGAGCUCGGACGGUACCAUACGACUGUGGUCUCUGGGUCAGCAGCGCUGCAUCGCUACGUACCGUGUACAUGACGAGGGUGUGUGGGCGCUGCAGGCCAACGAAGCCUUUACACACGUCUACUCAGGAGGACGUGACCGUAAGGUCUACUGCACAGACCUGCGCAACCCAGACAUCCGCGUACUCCUAUGUGAAGAGAAGGCUCCUGUUCUCAGAAUGGAGCUGGACCGCUCAGCAGACCCUCCUCCUGCCAUCUGGGUGUCCACAACCAAAUCUUGCGUAAACAAAUGGUCUUUGAAGGGAAUGCACAACUUCCGAGCAUCGGGGGACUACGACAACGAUUGCAGCGCCCCUCUGACCCCACUGUGUACACAACCUGAGCAGGCUAUUAAAGGCGGUGCCAGUAUUAUUCAGUGUCACAUCCUGAACGACAAGAGACACAUCCUCACCAAAGACACCAACAACAACGUGGCAUUCUGGGACGUGCUCAAGGCGUGUAAAGGGGAGGACCUCGGCAAAGUGGAGUUCGACGAGGAGAUCAAGAAGCGCUUCAAGAUGGUCUACGUGCCCAACUGGUUUUCGGUGGACCUUAAAACAGGGAUGCUGACCAUCACGCUGGACGAAAGCGACUGCUUUGCCGCCUGGGUGUCCGCCAAAGAUGCCGGAUUUACAAGUCCGGAUGGAUCGGACCCAAAACUAAAUCUAGGAGGACUGCUGCUCCAAGCUCUGCUCGAGUUCUGGCCUCGAACACACAUCAAUCAGAUGGAAGAGGAAGAAGGAGAAGUUAAUCAUGUAAACGGUGAGCCGGAGAACCGGCUUCAGAAAGGCAACGGCUAUUUCCAGGUGCCUCCACACACUCCGGUGAUCUUCGGCGAGGCAGGGGGAAGGACGCUGUUCAGGUUGUUGUGUCGAGACUCCGGUGGAGAAACGGAGUCCAUGUUGCUUAACGAAACCGUUCCUCAGUGGGUCAUCGACAUUACCGUAGACAAAAACAUGCCUAAAUUCAACAAGAUCCCGUUCUACCUACAGCCUCACUCAUCCUCCGGGGCAAAAACGCUCAAGAAGGACCGUCUGUCGGCCAGCGACAUGCUGCAGGUGAGGAAAGUGAUGGAGCACGUCUACGAGAAGAUCAUCAACCUGGACACGGAGUCUCAGACCACAAGCUCAUCGGGAACGGAGAAGCCCGGAGAGCAGGAGAAGGAAGAAGACAUGGCCAUGCUCGCUGAGGAAAAAAUUGAACUCAUGUGCCAGGAUCAGGUUCUGGAUCCAAACAUGGACUUGAGAACAGUGAAGUAUUUUAUCUGGAAGAGCGGCGGAGACUUGACGCUUCACUACAGACAGAAGUCUACGUGAGGGUGAUGGCAGCAAAUGUGUUUUUUUUUUUUUUUUUUCUUUAUCAGUUCGCUUAUGGAGAACGUUCAGCUCUAUUCCUCUUCUCUCGCCGUGAUACUGGAAACAGACAUUGUACAGUAUGCUAAUCCAGGACAUUGCUCUUAUUUUUUUUUUUUAAAAAUAUUUUUGUUUCAUGUUUUUUCUUUUUUUUUUCUUUUCAUUUAAAUACUUCCAGUUGGUUGAUGACACAAGAAGAUAUACAAGUUGUUCACUCAAAGAAUUUCCAAACCUGCCCGGAAUUUCUGUUAAAGCAGUCCAGGAAAAAAAAAAAAAAAAGAAA